CUUCAAAACAAUCUCGUGUUUAGUGUCGGUUCAUUGCAAUAAUUAUUGACUGAAAUGAUUGAGGAGCACGACGAACGCGAGACAAUAUGCGAUUCUGUGAAUUCACUGGUGGAAGGAUGUCGCUUGCCGGUACGAAUGCACAGCACCGACGACUGGCCUCUGGCCGAGAUAAUAAGCCUGAAGGAGAUGAGAGGCGCGAAAUUCUACUACGUUCAUUUUGUCGAUUUCAACAAACGAUUGGAUGGAUGGGUAACAGAGGACUGUCUGGACACUAGAAAGGUCCAGUAUCCCAGGAAAGAUGGGAUAGCCCCAGGUACUGGUGCAGCAACCCCAAAGAAACAGGUGCCAAGUAGGCCACCAAGUCCCACAAUAACCAAUAGUGAACCAGUGAAUGGAUCAGCAGCAGUGCAAGCUGCGAUACAGCUGCAGCAGAAAAAAUUAUCACGCAAGAGAAAGGGCACUUUUCUCGAAAAUGAAGACUCCCAGGAGGCACCGCCGCCACCACCACCACCACCACCUCCAGUGGCUGGGCAACCAACGACUGGACCGAGACCAACAGGUUCUCUGGUAGCACAUCAUCACGAUGAUGUUGUGACAAGAAUGAAGAACAUCGAGCUAAUCGAGUUGGGUAGGCAUCGUAUAAAGCCCUGGUAUUUCAGUCCGUAUCCCCAAGAGAUGGUGAAUCUACCCUGCAUCUAUAUAUGUGAAUUUUGCCUCAAAUACAGAAAGAGUAGAAAAUGCUUGGAGCGACAUUUAGUUAAAUGCAAUCUGAGGCAUCCACCUGGCAAUGAAAUAUACCGCAAGGGGUCAAUCUCAUUCUUCGAGAUUGAUGGAAGGAAGAAUAAAAAUUAUGCUCAGAAUCUUUGUCUCCUUGCCAAAUUAUUUCUCGAUCACAAGACACUGUAUUACGAUACUGAUCCAUUCUUAUUCUACGUUAUGACUGAUUUUGAUUCACGAGGCUUUCACAUCGUCGGUUAUUUCUCCAAGGAGAAAGAAUCAACUGAGGAUUACAAUGUCGCUUGUAUUCUAACACUGCCACCCUAUCAGAGAAAGGGAUAUGGAAAAUUGCUCAUUGAAUUUUCGUAUGAGCUAUCGAAGUUCGAAGGAAAAACUGGAUCACCAGAGAAACCCCUGUCCGAUUUGGGACUACUCUCUUACAGGAGUUACUGGGCUCACACGAUACUCGAUAUUUUACUCAAUGUCAAGCCACUGGUUGAGAAUGAAAAGGCACAGAUUACCAUUAACGAAAUUUGCGAACUCACGUCUAUUAAGAAGGAGGAUGUUAUAUCAACGUUGCAGAACUUAAAUCUCAUUAAUUAUUACAAGGGCCAGUACAUUGUGACUUUGAAUAGAGAUAUAAUCGAACAGCAUUCAGCUGCGAUGGAAAAACGUUCCAUAAGAAUAGACCCAAAGUGUCUCCACUGGACCCCAAAAGACUGGAGUGUCAGAGCCAAGUGGUAAAAUAAUAGUUGUACAGAACAUUAAAAAAAAAUGCAAGUGAUUGGACAAAUAAUGAGUGGUGAUAAUACACGUGAAGAUAUAGUGAAGAGAGGACUAUUUAUUCGGUAACCGACUUGAUGGUUAACAUCAAUUUUAUAUUCAAAUCCGGCUAGUCUGGCACUAACUACUAUUCCUUGGAAAUUGGGUCAUUUACGUGAGAUCAUCUGAUUUGUUCGCGCCCGUAACAAAAUCAUUUUUUCCUUCAAUUACACAUACCUUGUAAGAUUAUCGCCGUCAUCAAUAAUUUGUACAAACUAAAGUUUAAAGGAUGAAUGAACCUGACGAUGAAAGAUAUAGAAGAAAUGUAAAUAAAUGUGAUUUUUUAAUGAA